UAGAGAUAAGGAGGAAAAUAUGUCUUGCGGGUCAUUUCAAAGAGAAGGUCAGAGAGAGGUAGGAGAAGCCUACAGAGUACACUCUUACCGUAGACGCAGACUUCUAUGGGUUGGCACAUCUAAAAGGACUGAUAGUGUUACUGCUCGUAUGCCAAUCAGAUCCCCGAGGUGGGAACACCCCUGCUUACACGUCCAAGACGGAGAGGUGAAGUGGGAAGGAAACAGCACUGUGAGAGGAAGCUGGGUGAAGAGCGAUCAGCAAGAGAGAUGAAACACGACAUAAGUUAACCAGCAUGCAGGUGCCGGAGCUGGAGAUCCCGGUAGUUUUUUCUGCACAGAGCUCUGCUCUGAUGGUCUACAGCACUCUGUUAUCCGGCCAGACUUGCAAGACCAAAAACGCCCCGUAAAAAGCCUCAGCUGGACAGCAGGCAAAAUAAUGACUACACACACCUGGCGAGUGUGGGCCAUCUACAUGGUCUUAGCUGCAAACCUCUCCGAAGAGCGGGCGCUGAAGCAGCCUUGUCCUUCGUGCGAUGCCACGCAGCUUUGCAACUGCUCUUCCAUGGGCUUGGAUUUUAUUCCCUCAGGGCUCACGAGCAAAAUCACAACGUUAAACCUGGCCCACAACAGGAUAAAGCACAUCCGAUCCCAGGAUCUGCAGCAGACUGUGAACCUGAGAGUCCUGCUGCUGCAGUCCAAUGAAAUCAGCUCGAUAGACGAGGACUCGUUCCGCUCCCUUGGGAAACUGGAGCUCUUGGACUUAUCAAAUAACAGCUUGGCUCACUUGUCCCCUGCGUGGUUUGGGCACCUUUUUUCGCUCCAGCACCUCCGCCUUCAAGGGAACUCCUACAGAGACCUGGGGGAAAGCUCCCCCUUUUCUAGCCUGAGGAACCUGAGUUCCCUCCACCUGGGCAACCGGUGGUUCUCCACGAUAAGGCAAGGGAACUUUGAGGGCAUUGAGCUUCUCGACAAGUUGUGGAUUGAGGGUGGCAAUCUCAGUCAGUACGAGCCGGGAAGUUUGAAAUCGAUUAAGACGAUAAAUCACAUGAUCAUAAACAUAAGAAGUGUUAAAGUAUUCUCCGCAAUUGUCAGGGACCUUCUGCACUCUGUCAUUUGGUUAGAAGUGAGACAAACAGCAUUCAGUAUACCUGCUGAAGUGCAACUAUUGAGAGUCAUGUUGUCGUCUUUUGCAAAGAAAAUUUCUUUUAAAAGGGCCUUAUUAACAGACGCUACUGUACCUGAGAUUAUCAGCAUUUUAGAAGACAUGCCAAAAUUAGUGGAGGUGGAGAUUAUAGACUGUAGACUCUUGGGAACUGGACAAUGGAAAAUACAGAUUCAAGCAAAUCAAUCACAGACUCUUAGAGUUCUGACAGUAGAGAAAUUAUCUAUAGAAGAAUUUUAUUUGUUUACAGAUUUAAAAGAUGUGGAAGGUCUACUGUCUCUUCUUACUGAAGUCACAGUUGUAAACACCAAGGUCUUUUUGGUACCAUGCAGCCUUUCGAAACAUCUUCUGUCAUUAGAGUACCUUGACCUUAGUGCGAAUUUGCUUGGAGAUCAGAGUUUGGAGCAUUCGGCCUGCCAGGACGGUUGGCCCUCACUACAAACUCUAAAUUUAAGUCAGAAUUCACUGAGUGACUUAGAAAUGACUGGUAAAAGUUUGUCUCAUCUAAGAAAAUUAAUUCUCUUAGACAUUAGCCAAAAUAAUUUUGGUGACAUGCCAGAUGUGUGUGCAUGGCCAAAAAACCUGAAAUACUUAAACCUGUCCAGCACUCAAAUUCCUAAACUAACGACUUGCAUUCCCCCAACGCUAGAAGUUUUGGACGUUAGUGCUAACAAGCUGAAGGAGUUUGGACUGCAACUCCCAUUUCUCAAAGAGCUGUACCUCACAAAAAACCAGCUGAAGACCUUGCCUGGUGCUGCACCCAUUCCUAACUUAGUGGCCCUGUCAAUCAGAAGAAACAAACUCAACAGUUUCUCCCAGGAAGAGUUUGAGUCCUUCAAGAAAAUGGAGCUGCUGGACGCCAGCGACAACAACUUCAUCUGCUCCUGUGAAUUCCUCUCCUUCAUUCACCACCAGGCCGGGAUAGCCCAGGUGCUGGUGGGGUGGCCUGGCAAGUACGUCUGUGACUCUCCCCUGGCAGUGAGAGGGGAGCAGGUUGGAGCUGUGCACCUCUCCCUGAUGGAGUGCCACAGGUCCCUCGUGGUGUCGUCGAUCUGUGUCCUGGUCUUCCUGGUCAUCCUCGUCCUCGUGGCCCUUGGCUACAAGUACCACAUGGUCUGGUACCUGAGAAUGACCUGGGCAUGGCUCCAAGCCAAGCGGAAGCCCAAGCGAGCCCCCCCAAAGGACAUCUGCUACGACGCUUUUGUCUCCUACAGUGAGAACGACUCCGAGUGGGUGGAAAACAUCAUGGUGCGGGAGCUGGAGCAGGCCUGCCCCCCGUUUCGGCUCUGCCUCCACAAGCGGGACUUUGUGCCUGGGAAGUGGAUUGUGGACAACAUCAUUGACUCCAUAGAGAAGAGCCACAAAACGCUCUUUGUGCUGUCCGAGCACUUUGUGCAGAGCGAGUGGUGCAAAUACGAGCUGGAUUUCUCGCACUUCCGCCUCUUUGAUGAGAACAACGAUGCAGCAAUUCUCGUCCUCCUGGAGCCCAUCCAGAGCAAAGCGAUUCCCAAGAGGUUCUGCAAGCUGCGGAAGAUCAUGAACACAAAGACCUACCUGGAGUGGCCUCUUGAAGAAGAGCAGCAGGAGAGGUUUUGGUUUAAUUUGAAAAUAGCUCUAAAAUCCUAGACAGGGACAUUAAAGACUGAAUAUGUAGCAAACGUAUUCUGGAUUGUUUCCCUUGCAUGUUUGUUCCAUCACCUAUCUGUAUCUCAAGAACAGAGAGCUGAGCUACUGAAAUUUCUAUUACUUGCUGUAAGAUUUAUUUUUUUUUUUGUAGCUGUGGUCGUGAACUGUUGUACUGGUUUGGGCUGGCAUAGAGUUGAUUUUCUUCAUAGUUGCUCCUACGGUGCUGUGGUUUGGAUUUGUGACCGAAACAGCAUUGAUAACACAGGGAUGUUUUAGUUAUUUUUGAACAGUGCUUGUACAGCAUCAAGGCCUUUUCUAUUUCUCUCACUGUCCUGUGAGGUAUCAUGGUACAUGAUAAUUUGGGGUGACCAAAGGGAUGUGCCAUAACAUAUAAUA